AUGGUCAAUGAAGGCAUACAGGACUGUCUCAUGUCCGCCCCCGCCUGCUGGACCUGCCGCUUACGGCGCAAGAAGUGUGAUAGGACCCGACCCGCCUGCAGAGGCUGUUCCGACCUCUCUAUCGACUGCCACUACAGUUCAGAGCGGCCGGACUGGAUGGAUGGAGGGGAUAAGCAAACUCAAAUGGCGCAAUCGAUCAAGGCUCGGGUCAGGCAGGGUGCUACAUCUCGGCGCGCAAAGGGCUUUGCCGUCCAAGUGCAGCCUCUUCAACAGGGCUACAGCUCAAAAGCGAUCAGGCUGCAUGAGACCACCUCACUAGAAACUUUACCCCCUUUUGAGGAACUCGAUACGGGGGUGUCCAGCGACGAUACCACCACAUCUGCUGGAGCGGCCCAUUCCACUAACCAACAGGAGACCGAUGACUUCCUGACAAGCCUGUACCUCGACACCGUAUUUCCCCAUCUUUUCCCUCUCUAUCGCCCUGCGAGUUUGGCAGGUGGCCGCGUCUGGCUGCUCAAAGCUAUCCAAGAACAACCUGCAAUCCAUCAUACUGUCAUCAGCAUCAGUGCAUACUACUUCACUCUGCUCCUAGCGCGAGAUGCAAGCCAGACUCUGCGCACUCCCUGUGAACAACACGUCUGGGAUACUCUGGCAUUGCAUAUGGACUCUUCUCUCAGAAUAAUUCAGGAAGAAAUGACCGCAUUCAACAAAGUCUGCCCGUCGUCUGGCAAGGAGGACGUUCUCAAACAGGCUCGUUUACUAGGGGCCAUCGUUCAGCAGCUGAUCUUUGACACGGCCAUGGCGCAGGGUGCUGCUUGGAACUUGCAUCUCACAGCGGCCUUGGGCCUAUUCCGCGACAUUAUCGAGACACACGGUCAAAGAGACGGGUUCUUGGACCUUGACGCAGUUCUGCAAGCCAUAGCGCCUAGGAGUUCAAUGUUUAAUGGCAUACACCUCGACUUUGCGCCCUGGUCUCAAGACCAGAAUGCCUUUCAGUUCUUUGCGGCUUUUCUGAUAUAUGCAGACGUCAUAUCAGGUGUCAUGAGUGGAACUACACCGAAGCUUCAAACAUACCAUGGAAUGCUGAUAGCUAACGAAACUGCGUGCGAUAGCCGUCAAGUGCUGGCUCUGAAGACAGAAGAUUACAUCGGAUGUCCCGGGUGGAUCCUGACUGUUCUUGGCAAGAUCUCGGCUAUAGAUGCUUCGCAAAACGCUACAGGAGAGCGAGAAAGACAGGAAAUCGUAGAACUUAAAGUCAAGCUCCAAGUUGGCCUAGUGGACACGCAAGAGAACCUGCAAACAGACCAGGGCCAACAAGUUGCAGAGGCAUGGAUGCACGGCGCAAUGCUCUACCUUAUUAUCGUCGAACAAGGGCGUCGGCCCUUACACACUGAAACGAAACAUCACGUACAGUCUAUUGCAAAAAUGGUUGCAGGGCCGCUCUCUCUGCGCAGCAUCAUGUGGCCAUUCUUCAUGGCUGGCGUCUUAGCAGGGCAAGAGGAUGAGACCAUUUUAACCGAGGCUGUCUUGAAGUUGGGCCCUCUCAAAGCAUUUGGCUCUGCGAAGGAAGCUCUAAAUCUGUUGGAGCGGGCUUGGCUGGCGCGUGAUGAGACUCCACAGGAUGAUUGGCGGCUUUCGGAUUGUUUUGGCGGCGAGGACAGGCACGGGUUACUUGUCUGA